AUGUUUGUCGAUGAUAGGCGGCGAGUGUUUAGUUUAUUUCCAUGUUUCACAGAUUUUUGGGAUGUGAUGAACUUUCAUCACGUUCCAGGAGGAAAUCAUUUGGUCGUUCAAAUUGACACAGGAUCAUUACCCUUUCAAAAAGAUGCUGUCAACAAUGGCUCUACCACCACUGUUCGAAACUUUCAAAUUAUUUGCUGCUCGGUAGUGAAAACGAUUAAGCAAGAAAAUAAUGGUCAUUCGCUUUCUUUUGAGACAAGUUAUGAACCUGUGUUUCAACAUUUUGACUUUUCCAUUCCAGUUAGAUCCUAA